AUGCUUGAAACAGAGGCAAUUGAUUUCCAUAAUCACCUACCACCUUACCGGUCCUUGCUUAAUCCUAAUGCUAGGUAUGACUAUAGGACUCAUACAUUGAUACCCUUGAGUCAAAAUGAUUUGAAUUUCUUACAGUCAUUUUUUAGAAGUGGGGGCAGAUCAACACCAAUUUUUUCCUAUCUGCAAAAAUGGCUGUCACGGUCUAAUAAUGGCAGUUCCAGAGGCAAUAGUAGCAACAACAGUACCAGAAGUGGAAACAGAAACAGAAACGUAAACAUAUCUACAAACACAAAUGGUUCCACUAGACCGUCAUCAGUAAACUCAGCAACAUCAACUACAACUAAAACUACAACACCCUUCAUAUCUCCAUCAAAUGCAAAUGCUGUUGAUCCAAACUUAUUGCUGUCUGAUAUUACCGGUAGAAAUACCGAUCAACUAUCGGAUUCAUACAUUGAAAAUGCUAUUGCAUUGACUCCUGACUUAGGCAACCAGUACUUUCCACCACCAUCUGCAUCUUCCUCAUCUUCAACCACGUCAGCGACUUCAAACCAGCUAUCCCGUGGAAUCUAUAGGAGCAGCCAAGAUGCAUCUACAUCAACAACCUUUAAGAUGAAAUACAAAUCCUUGCUCAAUGACGUUGGACGCAGUAUUUCUAUGAGAUUGAGUAACAACAAUUUGCUUGCUGGUCUGACUCAUUCGUCUAGUAAUAACAACAGCAAUAACAACAGCAACGGUAUUGUUAAUAUAUCAAGAUCAAGCACAAUAUUAUCUUCAGCUGUUAAAAGAAAGUCACUGCCAUCAAUUACUAACAUCAGACAGAUGCCAGAAGAAAUAUUGGACUACAUCUUUUUCCUUGUUGAUUGCAAGUCUGAUUAUGCCAAUUGUCUCCUCACUUGCAAAUUAUUUUACCACACGGCCAAGCCUUAUUUUUACGAAAACUUGUCAUUCACUUCAACAUAUCGUUUCGCUCAAUUCGUUUCAUAUCUUCGGUUGAAUUCAAAUGUGGGCCAAUAUGUGAAAACAAUCGAUUUAUCUGGAGUCAAACCAGGCUACGAUGAAGACGCAGAAGAGGAUGACGAUCAAGUGGAGGAAGAACCAGAGCAUAUUAACGAAGAAGGUGAAAAUGUUCGAGUGAAUAACCGUGACAUGUAUCAACUUUCUAAAAAGAAAAUUUUAGCAGGCUGGAGGGAUUGGAAGUUUAAAAAUAACCCAUUGUAUACUGUCCACCCAUAUCCCGCGGGGCAUUUGACCAAGAUUUCUUCCAAUUCCCAAUUUCUGAUUUCAUCAAAUAGAUCAAAUUCCUCGCAAAAGUCAUCGUCGUCAAAAAGAUUCACCAAACCUUUCAAGUACUUCAAAACAAGAAAAAGAAGCAGAUCUUUUAGUGGUAAUCUCAAUUCACGAAAAGCACCGAAAUUGGAGACUUUGAAUUUGAAUAAUCGUCCCAAUGGUUAUCCUUCAACAAUGUCAAACCCGCAUCCCUUAAUUAACAAGUUUUUGCUCAAUUAUUCAACAUCAAAGGAUGUUCCCAUAGGAUAUGUGUUGCACUUGGUCAAUUUGUGUCCCAAUGUUUGCAGUUUGAAUUUUGGUGGAUUAUCAUUAUCCACUGAUUAUGAAAUUCUGAGAUCGUCCAUGUGCAAAUAUCAAACGUUUGAUUUGAUGAAUAACUAUCCAAAGGAUUUGCUUCACCGGAUUGAUAACAGUAUGAAGAAGGAUGAUUCGGAGGAGUUGGCAUCAUCAAUCGAAGCCUCAUUGCUAUACAAUCGCCACCAGGAGAAUCGGUUUUCAAGGAAUUUGGUCAAGUCGAACCAGUCAAAUGCAUCUACGGCUUCUUCGAUCUAUUCCGUCACAACCUUUUCAAAGCCAAUCCGUAAAUACAAUAGCUUGUUACCACCACUUCCGCCAACUUUGGCUGAUAUAUCGUAUGUCAAAAAGGGCGACCGCAGGGUUUACCUCUCAGACUUGAAUUUGAAAUCCAUCAACAAUGCAUAUUUAAGGAAGAUUGACGAAAGGGAGGUAUUGUUGGCCAUCACCAAAAUCCACGGAAAACAAGUGCAUUCUUAUAAAAUGCAACAACUCUUUGGCCUGAUUGAAGAGGAUGUGGCCGGAAAUUUACGGUAUAUAAACCUAUCAUCCAUGAUUUGGUUAAAUCGUGAUUUGAUUGAAAAAUUUCUCAAAAAAUUGCUUGUGAAAAGGUCUGAUGAAUUGGUCCCGUAUGGAUACUAUGCUGGUGCUGGUGCUGAUACAUUUGCCAACGAGAGUGACUCGGAGUUGGACUCGGAGUUGGACUUGAUUGAUUAUGAACACAACCCAGUAGCUUACAAGCAAGACUUGGUGGUUGACCUUUCAAACUCGGGGAUGUACAAGAAUUUGCUUUGGGCUAAAAGAAUAGAUUUGAAUACUGUUGAUGGGUGUAAAUUGGUGGACAAGAUCAUUCGGAACGAAUUGUUGCCCCCACAUGAAGAAUUUUUGAGAAGAGAAAGGUUAAGAAGAGGUCGAAUUGGGGAAAAUUAUCUAGCUUAA